AUGAAUACUCUGUCUGAAGCAAAUGGCACCUUUGCCAUCCACCUUUUAAAGAUGCUCUGUGAAAGCAACCCUUCGGAAAAUGUCUGUUAUUCUCCCGUGAGCAUCUCCUCUGCUCUAGCUAUGGUCCUCUUGGGGGCAAAGGGAGACACUGCAGUCCAGAUGUCUCAGGCACUUGGUUUAAACAGAGAGAAAGACAUUCAAGAGGGCUUCCAGGGACUUCUCCAUAUACUGAACAAGCCCAAUAGAAAGUACGCACUUAGAACGGCCAACAGGCUCUUUGCAGAGAACACUUGUGAAUUCCUCCCAACCUUUAAGGAGUCCUGUCUUCAGUUCUAUCACUCAGAGCUGGAGCAGCUGUCCUUUGUCAAAGCAGCAGAGGAGUCCCGGAAACACAUAAACACAUGGGUCUCCAAACAGACUGAAGGGAAAAUUCCAGAGUUGCUGUCGAAUGACUCAGUUGAUGAAGCGACUAGGCUGGUUCUUGUCAAUGCCUUAUAUUUCAAAGGAAAAUGGCAUCAACCAUUUGACAAAGAUAGUACAAAGGAAAUGCCCUUUAAAAUUAACAAGAGAGAGCAAAGACCAGUACAGAUGAUGUGUCAGGAAGACACUUUUAACCUCGCCUACAUGAAAGAAGUUCAGGCACAGGUGCUGGUGAUGCCCUAUGAGGGCACGGAGCUGAGCUUGGUGGUCCUGCUCCCAGAUGAUGGUGUGGACCUCAGCCAGGUGGAAAACAAUCUCACUUUUGAGAAGUUAAUGUCCUGGACCAAACCAGACUUUAUGAGGAGCACUGAUGUUGAGGUUUUCCUUCCAAAAUUUAAACUGCAAGAGAAUUAUGACAUGAAGUCUGUGUUUCAGCGCUUGGGGAUGGUAGAUGUCUUCCAAGGGGGCAAAGCUGACUUAUCAGGAAUGUCUCCGGAGAGAGACCUGUGUCUGUCCAAGUUUGUUCACAAGAGUGUUGUGGAGGUCAAUGAAGAAGGUACCGAGGCUGCAGCAGCCUCAGCUGGCAUAGAUGUACCUUUCUGCUUAAGUGAAGUCUCAACAUUCUGUGCAGACCACCCCUUCCUUUUCUUCAUCAGGCACAACAAAACCAACACCCUCCUGUUCUGUGGCAGGCUCUCGUCUCCGUAAAGACACAUUUACUGUGUGGGAAACAGUUACUCCUACAGCUCUGUGAGGAUGGGCAUAUGGGGGACUCCAUGUUCCAAGAUGAGGGCCCUUUCCUCCUGGCAGCCUGAUCUUAGGAUGCCCACAAUCAUCUCCCCUAUCCCGACAUUCAUCAGUGCCCUUUGCCAGGUCACAGGAUCACAGAGUGGUUGGGUUUCCUGUUGUGUAAACAACAAAGGAGGCAAACAAUUCCCACAAGAGAGGCCUACAAAGUUCUCUAAGGUGA